AUGGGAAACACCUGCUAUAACAUGGAGUCUGCUGCUUGGAAUGCCAGUCUUUGCAAGUGCGUUCCCGUUUUUAUCUAGCAACACAAAACAUGGGAGGAAAAAGAAAAAAAUAAAAAUAAAUUACCUCAGGCAACCAUUUAUCAUUCUCUGCAUCAGCCAUAACGAUGUUAAGCCAAUCAGAGUUCCUCUUUUCAACCUCCAUCACAAAACCCAGCAAAGAAUUACAGAGUCCACACUUUGGAGAAGCGCCUGCAAAUGCCCUGUUCUCCGCCUCUCCUUGCUCUUGAGGGCUCAAAACAUUUCUCUUUUGAUCGGAUGCAAAAAGGCCUUUUUGGAGAACUGCAAAAUCGACCAAAUUGAGGGCCGCAACGGU